UAAACUAAUAUGGACCAAAGUAACAAAACAUAAAACUUCAUCUACUUCUAACGGUCAAGUACAACCUCAUAAGCACAACGUACAACUCAUCUUAGCUCCCAUUUUCCCUUCUUCUUCCAUUCAUUGAUCAAGAAAAUACCCAAACCCCAUUGACAGAGAGUAUAAAUUUGCACCCCAUUUCUUCAAUAUCUUCGUAUUAGAAGCAAAUUCAGUCCAAGAAUCUCGAAAAAAUAUUAGUUUUUUCGAGUUUUUCUUGAAAUCAUUGGAAUGGAUUCUAUCGAGACUAUGUGUCCAACGAACAAAUUGAAGCGACCCCUUAGUACAACUCCAGUUAAGGAGCAAAACCCAUAUCCCAAUUUUGAUUCUUCUCCAGUAGAUCCCAUUUUCCCUAAAACCCCUAAAACCCUAAACCCUAAUCGCCGCCGUUCCCUCCGCCUUACCUCCACCCCUCAAACCCCACCCCCUGUAUUAUCUCCGGCUUCUGAUCGAUCGCGUAAGUCUUUGAAGUUCUCCAGUCCCAAGAAUGGGGUCAAGAAUGGGAGUAGGACUAGUUUAGUUAAAAGAGGGAAAUGUAAGGGGAAUGAGGUAAACCCCGUGUCGACCCCAGGGCCCACGGAGACGAAGAGGAGGAGGAAAGACAAUGUGGGUGUUGAGAAAAGAUACGUUACGAGGGGUGUGAAGAAGAGGGUGUAUUAUAAGAAAGUGGUUUUUGAUGGGGGGGAAUUUGGUGUAGGAGAUGAUGUGUAUGUGAAGAGGAGAGAGGAUGUUGGAUCGGACGAUGAGGAUCCGGAGGUUGAGGAAUGUAGAGUGUGUUAUAAGCCAGCAGGGAGAGUGAUUAUGAUUGAAUGUGAUGAAUGUUUAGGAGGAUUUCAUUUGAAGUGUUUGAAGCCACCUUUAAAGGAUGUGCCUGAAGGGGAUUGGAUUUGUUUGUAUUGUGAGUCGAAAAAGUUAGGGAAAGUAGUGGAAAUGCCCCUGCCACCAAAGGGGAAGAAACGAGUAAGGACUAUGAAGGAGAAGUUACUCGACAGUGAUUUGUGGGCGGCUCGUAUUGAGAGUAUAUGGAAAGAAGUUGAUGGUACCUAUUGGUUCCGGGCACAUUGGUAUAUUAUUCCUGAGGAAACAAAUGCAGGAAGACAGCCACAUAACUUGAGGAGAGAACUUUAUCGGACUAAUGAUUUUGCUGAUGUUGAGAUGGAAUCUGUCAUCAGGCAUUGCUUUGUUAUGUAUCCAAAAGAAUUUGAGAAGGCGAGAAAUGAAGGAGAUGAUGUUUUCCUUUGUGAAUAUGAAUAUGACAUUCACUGGCAUAGUUUCAAGCGCAUUUCUGAGAUUGAAGAUAAUGAUGUGGAUGAUAAUGAAGCUGAGAACGACGCGGAUUGGAACUACUGUGAAGAUCCAGACACUGACGUGGAUGAUGGUUUAGAAUAUGAAUGGGAAAACCAAAGUAAUGCAUUAGCCAGACCAUCUCCAGCUCAUCCAUUGGCUGCGAAUUCAAGAAAGGGACGCUUUUUUGGACUACAAAAGAUAGGUGUGAAGAAGAUACCAGAACAUGUGAGAUCUCACAAGCUUACUGAACUUGAGAAAGCAAAAGCAACCCUUUUGCUGGCAACGUUACCCAAGUCUCUACCUUGUAGGACUAAAGAAAUGGAAGAGAUAACUACAUUCAUAAAAGGUGCCAUAUGUGAUGAUCAAUGCCUGGGUAGAUGCCUUUACAUACACGGUGUUCCUGGGACAGGAAAGACAAUGAGUGUAUUAGCAGUAAUGAGGAGUUUAAAGUGUGAAGUUGAUGCUGGGAGCAUCAAACCUUAUUGUUUUGUGGAGAUUAAUGGCCUAAAAUUGGCUUCGCCCGAGAAUAUUUACAGUGUUAUUUAUGAAGCACUUAAUGGGCACAGGGUCGGUUGGAAAAAGGCUCUUCACUCCUUGAAUGAGCGGUUUUCCAGUGGUGCUAUAUCUAACAAAGAGGAGAACCGGCCUUGUAUUCUACUUAUAGAUGAACUUGAUCUCUUGGUUACCAGAAAUCAAGCGGUUUUAUAUAACAUUCUUGAUUGGCCUACAAAGCCGAAUUCCAAACUGAUUGUUAUAGGUAUUGCAAACACUAUGGAUCUUCCGGAGAAGUUGCUUCCAAGGAUUUCAAGUCGUAUGGGCAUUCAAAGACUUUGCUUUGGUCCCUAUAACUAUCAGCAGCUUCAAGAAAUUAUUUUAACUCGUCUCAAUGGAAUUGAGGCCUUCGAAAAACCUGCAAUUGAAUUUGCUUCAAGGAAGGUGGCAGCUGUUUCAGGUGAUGCACGCCGUGCACUAGAAAUAUGUAGGCGAGCUGCAGAACUUGCAGAUUAUCGUGCUAAGAAAUUGCUACCAAUUCCCGAUUCUGCUGCAGCAGGUAAAAUGCUUGUCAGAAUGGCAGAUGUUGAAGCAGCCAUUCAGGAAAUGUUCCAGGCUCCUCAUAUCCAAGUGAUGAGAAGCAGCUCCAAGCUGAGUAAAAUCUUCUUGGCAGCUAUGGUUUAUGAGGGUCAUAAGACGGGGAUGAGCGAGACCACCCUUGACAAGUUGGCAGUAACUGUUUCCUGUCUCUGUACAAGCAAUGGCGAAAAAUUUCCAGGAUGGGAUAUGCUUUUAAAAGUUGGAUGCAAGCUUGGUGAAUGCAGAAUACUUCUAUGUGAGCCUGGAGUGAAACAUAAAUUGCAAAAGUUACAGCUCAACUUCCCAAGUGAUGAUGUUUCUUUUGCACUUAAAGACAGCAAGGAGUUGCCGUGGUUGGCUAAGUAUUUAUAACUUGUGGAACAUUCAAGGGUGUGGCUUAGCGAUCGAUCAAUGAAGUGAAUCGAGAACUGUGAGGUUUCAUGUUCACGAGGCAAAAACACUAAGUGAUCUCUUCUAAUCCGUCCAAGCUUCUAUAGAUCUCUUACACGAUACCUGUGUUGAUGCGCGAGAUAAGCAGAUAUCUGGAAUUAGUCGAGAUGCUCGUGAGCUGAUCAGGGCACCAUCGUUUAAGUUUGAUUACAUCUCUUAUUCUUCAGAAGAACAGAUGUGUUUUCCUUGUGUUAUCUAUGAACUUGUUGACAUUAUUUCACAUUAACGUAUACGAUCGAUUUUAGCCUUGUUAUCUAUGAACUUGUUGACGUUAUUUCACAUUAAUGUAUACGAUUGAUUUUAGCCUUGUUA